AUGAUGGAACGUAACGGUGAAAAAUCCUUCAAUGAAUUAUACGCGGACGCUUUAUCCGAUUGUCCGAGUGAUUUUGAAAUAAAUUGUAGUGAUUCGGAAAAUGAUGCUUUAUCGGAAGACAGUGAUGAAUCUGAUAUUAAGCCACUAAAUCGGCAAAAUAGAAAUGUAAUAGUAUCUGAUAGUGACAAUGAUUUGGAAGAAGAGUGGAACGGAAAUAAUAUAACACCAACAUUGGAGGAUUAUUUAAAUAUUCCUGGUGUAACUACUGAACUUGGUGAUGCGCCGAGUUUCAGUGAAGUAACGGCUUUACUUUUUGAUAAUGGUUUUUUUUAUUUAGUUGUUACGCAAACCAAUUUGUACCACUCUCAAAUGAAAGAAUUGCAUAAAAGCCCUGCGAAAACGAUACCAUGGACGGAAGUUACCACUAACGAAAUAAAAAAGUUUCUUGGAUUACUGAUAUUGAUGGGCCAAACCAACAAGUCACAUUGGAAAGAUUAUUGGUCAACGGACCCUUUGGUUGAAGCACCAAUAUUUCGUAGAACUAUGUCCAGAAUGAGAUUUGAACAAAUUCUUACAUUUUUCUAUCUGAAUGAUAAUACACAGAAUACAUCUAUUGGAGACAGACUUUGCAAAAUUACAUAG